AGGAAUGUCUCAGUUUUCACUGAUCAGUGAACACGUGCUACAUUCAACUAGUUCCGUUUAUUAGUAGGUGAUAUUUGUGCUUCAAAUAUAUAAUAUAGAUUCGGUCCACUUUCGACAUCGAUAAACAAUUGUUAAACUGUUCUAUAGAUAUUUUGGCAGUGGGAUAAGGAAAAGAUGAAGCUUUUUUUCAUUUUUGCUUUUUGUUCGGCGUUUGCUACUCUACCAAUCUCAGCAGAACAAACACCCAAUGGAUCCUCCGAUAGAGGUGAAGCGGUCAUGGCUCUAUUGCGUAAAUUAUUCAAGUCAGGAAACGUAACUGCAGUCAAAGAAGAACUCAUAAAAAUUGCCCAGACUUGUUCAGACAGUGAAACACCGUUGAGCUUGGCAAUACUUUCCGAAAAUAAAACCAUAGUGAACGCUCUUCUUAAUGAGAAUGGAACUGGGAUUGAUGAUGUUAUUGGAAUCAACAAGUGUACAAUCCUUUAUCGUGCCAUUGUUUUAAAAAACCAAGAGACUGUUGAUCUCCUCAUCGAAAAAGGAGCUAAUGUAAGUGCUAUAAACAAGAACCAUCGAAGACCACUUCAUCAAGCCGCAUCCAAGGGUGACGUGAAAAUCGUUCAAAGUUUGAUGAAAAAAUAUGUGGAUGUUAAUGCCAAAGACUACAAGAAGCAAACACCCCUUCAUCUAGCUGCCUCAAGUGGCCAUAAAGAUGUAGCUGAUGAACUUCUCAAAAACAAAACUACAGAUAUAGAGGCCGUUGACAACGAUGGAAAGACACCUCUUUACUUGGCUGCUGAGAGUGGUCAAACGGACAUGGUGAAAUUUCUGGUUAGAGAGAAGAAAGCAAAUGUCAACAUAACAAGUCGCGAUUUAAAAAGAACACCCCUUCACACAGUCUGUCUGAAAAAGUAUUUAAAUGGCAAGAGUUCUUUAGGUAUAGCGACAAUUCUUGUUGAAGAUGGACAUGCGGAGGUAGAUGCUGAAGACAAUGAAAAGUUUACACCUCUACAAUUCGCUUCGCAAAGUGGCGCUGAUGAUAUCGUCAAAUUUCUUAUACGAAAAGGUGCCGAUGUCACUCACAAAAACAAAGACGGAUAUACACCAAUCCAUACAGCUGCUGAAAAUGGUCAUAAUAGUACGAUUGCAUUGUUGAUCGAAAAGAGCGCAGAUAAGGUAUCGGUCAAUGUCAAUGAUAAAAGUGUUUUGGACGUUACACCUCUUCAUUUGGCUGCUCAGAAUGGUUUUCUGCAAGUUGUUGUCCUUUUACUUCAAAACAAAGCUAUUGUUGAUGCUAAGGAGAAACAUAAUUGGACAGCACUUCACUUCGCAGCAAUUAAUGGUUUUAAAGAUAUUGUUGACAUUCUAAUCAAAGCGGGAGCAAGUGUUGACGCUCAACAGGAGGAUGGAUACACUCCUUUGCAUUUGGUUGCCCAACAUUUUGGAAAGGAUCAUUUGGAAGUGGCCCGCCGUUUAAUUGAAGCGAAUGCAACAACUGAUGCUAAGGAAAAUAAAUACGGUUCGACACCUCUCCAUAUUGCCAUUGGGAAAUUUGCAAUAAAAAACGUUUACCAAGAUAUGGUUGACCUCCUCAUCAAAAAUACUGAUAGAAAUGUAAAAAACAAUAAAGGAGAGACACCGUACUGCAGCGCAAAGGCUUUGAAUAGUCCGAUUGCAGAAAAUUUUGAAACAAUCUUGGCAUCAUUCAGCCAAUCCUGUGACAGUGAAACGGCUUCAUCCUAAUUCAGCCAAUUCAAAAUAAUUAAAUUCAAAUUGAACGAGUGCAUAGAUGUAUACUAAAUGUAUUACAUUAAACAAAGACAUUUGAAUUUCCAUUGCCUACUUUCCGCUACAGCGUGCUAUCAUAAUAUUUAGCAAUGGUUGAUAUUGAUAUUUUUAUACCAAAACUGUAUGCUUUUCAUUCUUUCGAGCCUAUGUUAGCAUAGAAAAUCAUUGUAAAUCUUUAACAAAUAUUGGUUGAGUGUAUAUAGUAAACAAUGGCAUUGAAAAUAUUUUUGUUUUGCUCUCUAUAAAUUGAAUAGAUCUUACCUUCUCUUCAUUACUAUCAAUUUUCGUUUUCAAUUUUGUAACUGUAUUAGUAAAUGCACAUUUCAAACAAUUCUA